AUGUACAAGGCGCAUACGUGGACCUUCCAUCCUCUCACCUUCUACCGAUACGACUCAACUCUUGCUUUUAUUCGCCACGCCCUCCCGAUUUCAAUGGCGCCAGCUACAGGCAAACAGUCGUCUGACGACUCGAUGAUCGCGAUGAUCGAGUGCUACUUUCGCUUGGCAGAAACUCAGGAGCGCAGGAAUCUGAAAAUCGACGUGAACAUCGUUGAAUCGCUGCGGGGACUGCUGAACGGGUAUGGGACCCAUCACGGAAUCGCACUCGGAUGUAUUGUCGAGGCGAAUUGGAUCACUCGCCGACUCAACCAGUUGUCGGAACUGGUGAUGAGUGAGUUGUGCAGCGACGACGCGCGAAGCUGGGUCGAGGUCAAUUGGCCUGAGCUCCUCGAAAACGGCAAAAGUCGCUGGCCCGGAUCGCGCUCGUGGGUGUUGGCUACGACCGGGUCGGUUGGUGACAACGGGAUGGGCAGCAAUGGGAAGGUUAGCAAUAAGGGGGAUGGUGAGGUGCGAUGUGGAGGUGAUGUGGAUGGAAGGCGUACGGAUCUGGGUGGAAAGGACAAGCUGAAGUCGGGGAAUGGAAUGAAACGCGACCACGGCGAUGUCGACGUCGUGAAGAAACUGAUCCGACUCUAUCAGGAAAUGUGGAUGGAGGCCAACGAGAAGAUCCUCAUAUUGCGCGAGAAACAGCGGUCGCUCGGCGAAGAGCAGCAGGCCAAAGUCGCUGAGGAGAUAGCCAAGAUCAAUGGAGUGACGUCCUUUUAUCGCGAGGACAUAGCCGCAAACAGGGAUCGGAUCAAGAAGAUGACGGCGGCUCGCGCGCGUGAACGGCGCGGCGAAGCCGCACCCCGACAGAGUCGUCUAGAGCGUCAAGCGGGCCCGAGUCGCAUCCUCUCGUCUCGGGGCUCGUCGGGGCUUCGUCGUGCGCCUUGA